AUGGCGGUUGGAUCUGAACAGCAACGAGUGGGAGCAGCUGAACCUCAAGGGCGCCCCCUCGCCCCGCUCCGGCCACCGCAUGGUGAGGCCACCGCAUGCUACUUCAACGACCUGCAUGUGUUGGACCUCAACGACAUGAAGGCACGUGCCCUUGCACCCUUGGCCCCUGCUGCUCCUUCAACUCGUUGGUGCGAGGUGAAACCCAAGCCGGGGGCGGCGUGGCCCUCCCCCCGCAGUGCCUUCCAGUUCGCCGCCCACCAGGACGAGGUGUAUGUGUACGGGGGCUACUUCAAGGAUCACGCCAAGGACGCGGAUGGCAAGGACAAGGGCGUCGUGCUCUCCGACCUCUGGCUGCUCGACCCGCGCUCCUUCGAGUGGAACAAGGUAAAGCGGCUGGGGUCGCCACCGAGUGCGAGGGCGGGCUUCUCCCUGGCGGUGCACCGCAGCCGUGCCAUUCUCUUUGGGGGCGUCAUGGACCGCGAGGAGAAAGGUAAGCUCGCCCCCCCGCCCUUGCCAUUCCCCCCCCCGCCCUUGCCAUCCCCCCCCCCACACUUGCCAUUCCCCCCCCGCCCUUGCCAUCCCCCCCCCCCGCCUUGCCAUCCCCCCCCCCACCCUUGCCAUUCCCCCCCCGCCCUUGCCAUUCCUCCCCCCGCCCUUGCCAUUCCCCCCCCCCGCCCUUGCCAUUCCCCCCCCCCUCGCCCUUGCCAUUCCCCCCACGCCCUUGCCAUUCCCCCCCCGCCCUUUCCAUUCCCCCCCCGCCCUUGCCAUUCCUCCCCCCGCCCUUGCCAUUCCCCCCCCCGCCCUUGCCAUUCCCCCCCCCCUCGCCCUUGCCAUUCCCCCCACGCCCUUGCCAUUCCCCCCCCGCCCUUGCCAUUCCCCCCCCGCCCUUGCCAUUCCCCCCCCGCCCUUGCCAUUCCCCCCCCGCCCUUGCCAUCUUCUCCCCGCCGAUGCCCCCUCCCCCCCGCCCUUGCCCUCUCCCCUCUGCUCACUCUCAUUCGGCCACCUUCCCUCGGUUCACCAACAGGCCCGGGCGGCUGCCAGGAAGGCAGAGGUGAGCCAGCAGAGAGGGAGGCAGAAGAGAUAGUGGAAGGAGGGAGGCAGUCCACCCCUCCACUUGUAUUUGCCCCCCUCCACCACAUUUGCCCCUGUCGACCCCCUCUCUCCACUUCUCCACCCCUCGUUUCCCCUCUCCACCCCUCUUUUCCCCUCUCCACCCCUCUUUUCCCCUCUCCACCCCUCUUUUCCCCUCUCCAUCCCUCCUUUCCCCUUUCCACCCGCCUUUGCCCCUUCCUACCCCUAUUUGCCCCUCGAACCCCUGUCGGCCAGCCAAAUGCAGGCAGUGCAGCAACGAGCGGCACACAGGCAGAUGGGGAGGAGGUGGAGGGCGAGAGUGACGAGGAGACGGAGGGGAGGAAGAGCAGGCAGGCAGGCAAUGAUGGUGAGAGCGAGGAGGAGGAGGAGGAGGUGACUGGGCGAAGGAAACAGAGACUGAAGCGGAAGGAGAGGAAGGGGGCCAAGUCGAAAGCAGCAGCUGCUGCAGCUGCAGCAGCAGGGGCGCAGGUGGAGUACGAUGGAGGCGAGGAGGAGUGGGAGGGGUGGGAGGAGGAGGAGGAGGAGGAGGCGGGGGAUGGCAGUGGGGGUGCGAGGGGGGGCGAGCAGGCGAUUGGCGGCACUGCAGCAGAGGGGAGUGCAGCACUGGGCGUGGAGGGAGGGGCAGGCAGCGGGGAUUGCGAGAUGGGUGAGGCGGGAGGGGUGGACGUGAGCAGGCAGGGGGCGGCAGAGGCAGAGGGGAGGGGCAGUGAGGGCGGAGAAUUAGCAGCAGGGAGGGCAAGGGAAGGGAGUGGCGGUGAGGUGGAGGGCGGGUUGCAGAGACUGAGCCUUGAGAGUGGCAGCGAGGUCGGCGGUGUGGGCGAUGAGGGCAGGCAGGAGGAUGCUGAGGGUAGCCAAGCGAAAGGGGCAGAUGAGGCAGGGGGGGAUGAGACAGGGGGAGGCGGAGAGGCAGCAGGGGAAGGGAAGGAGAGGAAGGAGGGGGAGGGGGGCGGGAAGGGGGAGCGAGGGGAGGCGCCGUGCAGCCGCAUGAAUGCGGGGCUGGCGGUGGGUGGCAACACGCUGUACCUGUGGGGGGGUGCCAAGGAGGUGGGCGACCGCGAGGUGACUCUGGACGACCUCUUCAGCCUCAACCUCUCCAAGCUCGACCACUGGACGUGCCUUCACAAGGGGUCAGAGAGCACAUGGGUGGAGGUGGCGGAGGAGGAGGAGGACGAUGAGGAGGAGAGCGGCCAUGAGGAGAGUGGGGAGGAAGAGGAGGACGAGGAUGAGUCGAGCGACGAUGAGACUUCAGCCAAGGCCACGGGCGGCGCCGCCACGGCGUCGGAGCUGGCAGCGGCGCUUCUGAGGGGCGAGGCUCCUGCGGGCGGCAAGCGCCAGCUGUCGCGCAAGGAGAGGCGGGCGGAGAUUGACCGGAUUCGCGCGGAUCUGGGGCUUGCAGACACGGCGAGGACGCCCAUUGUGAGUCGCGAGUCACAGGACUCCAUUCAGUGCCUGCACUUUGCCUGCCCCGGAGCACACGAGGUGCACCCCAUGGGGUUGAUUGCGUUCCUCAUCCUCCUGCCCCUCCCCCCCUCCGUGCCCCAGGAGCUGCGCAAGGAUGGCUUUGAGCUCUGUGAGGCGCGCUACCGCGACCUGCUGCCCGUCCUCACUGAGCUUGAGAAGCUGGAGGCCGAGCAGAAGGCGGAAGAGGAGGCAGAAGCGGCGUCCAACAAGAGCAAGGGGAAGAAGGAGAAGGGCAGGCCGGCAGCACGCAGAUGA